UCCUCUGUCAUCGAACCAAUUAACCAGCUAGCUAGCUAAGCCGCAUUAGGCCAAGAGCAACUUUACACGAAAGGUUCCAGGAUGUCAAGCAGACGUUCUCGAUCGAGGCAGAUGAGCUCGUCGUCGGCCAGUGUCACAGACGAGCAGAUCAACGACCUGCUCUCCAAGCUGCAAGCUGUGCUCCCUGAGGCUCGUCUCCGGAACACCGACCGCCGGGCUUCGGCUGCUAAAGUGUUGCAGGAGACGUGUGACUACAUCAGGAGCUUGCACCGCGAGGUGGACGACUUAAGUGAAAGGCUCUCCGAUUUGCUGGCGGACGCCGAAGUUAACAGCGCUCAGGCGGCCAUCAUUAGGAGCUUCCUUAACUAAUUAAGGAGCUGGAAGAAGAGUGUGGUCUGUCGUAACCUUUGAACUAGUUAAUUAAGCUCAAU